CACAGCUUCCUCAUUCUUUAUGAAUGUGCACAAAGUCAUAUUGUAAUAGGAGUUUCGCGCACCAGUUAUUUCACGACCGUGACGUUAACAAUAGUUAUGUACAUAUUAUAUACAGUGGUGUUACUCGUAGCUAUCUCUCACAACCAAGUAGUACUCAGUUUCGUUAAAAUGGUUUGACUUUGAAAUUUAUGUAACAAUGGCUGAAAAGAUUGAAAUAGAGAAAGCCUCUAGUUCUUCACAGAACCUGAUAUGUCCGCUAUGCCUUGAUAUUUUUGAUGAACCAACGAUCCUGACGUGCGGACACACUUUCUGUCGAAAGUGUCUCAAGGAAUAUGAUCUGACCCACCAGGACAUUGACCACAUGGUCUGUCCUCUCUGCAGGGAGAUCACCAAGUUGUCUGCCAACCGUGUCGACGAUCUCCGCCUCAAUGUCUCCAUCAACGGAUGCGUAGACGACUACCACGCCAAGAGUGGAGGGAUGAAUGCUGUCCUUGAGCUGCGUCCAAAAUGUACUGGUUGCAAGUUUCAGCAAGACGCUGUCUCUUUCUGCAGAACAUGUAAUAACUACAUAUGUGAUAAAUGUUUACAAUCUCACCAGUGUAUGACCAUGUUUGAAGAUCACGAGAUUGUCUCCAUGGAGGAUGUCAUUGAAGGGAAGGUCAGCAUUGGUCAUCAAUUUGAGAAAUGCUCCAUCCACAAACAAGAGAACAAAGAUAUGUUUUGUGAUGAUUGUAAGGUCCGUGUCUGUCUCAGGUGCGUGGUCGUUGGUCAUAAGGACCAUAACAUCAAGAACCAGUCUGACUUCGAGCAGGAAUUGAGGCGAAAGGUGACAGCCCUUGCCCAGCAAUGUGCAGCUAAGAAAGCUGAGCUGGAAAAGAACAUUCAGAAUAUAGAAGAACAACGUCAUGAGGUACACACUGCCAUGCAGAAACUACUAGAUGAUGUCAGGCAGGCUUACAGCAUCAAGGUCAAGGAGCUGGAAGGAAAUCUUCAAGAUCUCAUCGAGCAAAUAAAUGAAUUGAAGCGAAGUUUCGAGGAUGAUCUCAACAUCUUAAAGUCCAAGGAUCGACAGAGGAUCAAGAGCAUUUGUAGUUCGAUUACAUUGGUAGAUAAUGACAGACUGGGUCAUCUUGAGACAGAUAGUCUUUCUGCUCAUAAUUUACUCUGUGAUGAGCUAGAUGCCAUGCUUAAAGAGGUUACCGAUCGCACUCCUGCGGAAGUUAUUGCAAAGAAAGCACAGGAGAAGAGAUUCAAUCCUGCAGAUGCCUCUUGUCUUGACCUCGGGGGCAUUUUGGGAUCAGAUCCCAAGUUAGAAAUCAUGAAGUGUAUAGAUCUACGGGGAGGAAUGAUUGGAAUGGCAGCUUACACUCAUGCCAGUGUGGCCAUUGUAUAUUAUGGGAAUAAUGCACGAGGUAUUGAUAUCAUUGAUACAGCUGGUGGAAAGGAGCGGUAUACAAACAUACCACAUGACGCAGGUUGUACCGAUAUUGUGAUUCAACAAAACAGUGCAUUAUGUUUCUCAACUGGUUCUACAGAAGCACACGUGUAUUCUCCCAAGGGCUCCAGGAAAGCAACAAUCAACGUGAGUGGGACUGGUUAUCUCAGAUUGAACAUAAGUCCAUCAAAUGAGAUCCUCAUUACCAACAGUGGCAACAAAGUCUACAUCUAUGACCCGACUGGAUCCACUCUCAAACACACUGUUCCAACAAAGCACGUGACGAGGCAGGUAUCAUCCACCAGGUCGGGUUUGAUCGUCACCAGUUCAUGUAUUUUCAUCAAGCCAAGCGUGGUGACGGUCUCUGACAGGGAUGGGAAUGCUGGUGAGUCUCUACAAGCUCCAAAGGAUGUCUACCUGUAUGCUGCCGUGGAUGAGCAGGACAGGGUGUAUGUAGCGAGUGUUGAUUGUAAGAAUAGGAAGGUGGUGAUCACGCUCUAUGAUCUUGAUGGUCUGAACCUGAAGGAGAGUGUCGAGUUUAAUGCACUUGAUAUGACACUGGGUUGGAAUUGGUGUUACUUGGUUUCCCUCUCUCCGGGCCUACUCGCCUUUGCAUGUUACAAGAAGUUAUAUUUCAUCAAGGUAUCGCUGUAAUAAAGAGUAUCUCACUUGUGUGUAUCACAUGAACUAUUGCUUUUUAUGCGAUUAUUCAUUGUGUAUCUGAAAUAAGAAUCCAACACAUUUCUGAAUUUGUUUACAUUUAGUGAUGUGUAUAUACACAGAAAUUUUAACACGAAUCGAAAAAAAAUUUAUACACAUAAGAUAAUUUCAUCAUUGAAACUCGACUAUUAAAAGACCACUAUUUGUAAUUAUUUCGUGAAUCUGAAAAACACACAGUAAAAUAAAUAGCAUUGUUUAAACCUGUCACUCUAAUAACAAGUUGUUUAAACUUUGUU